CACGGAUCCUAUCAACCCAAAAGCACAAUAUUUCGAACUAGGCAACAACUUCCACCUAAAACUUCAUUUUAAUAUCAUUUAAUAUAAAUAACACCUCUCUAUAUCAUUACUCUUAUUGUCCUAUCAUCCUAAAUCUCAAAUAUCGAUCACAUGGAGACCUUGCCUUUCUUUUUUACCCUAGCAGCUGCUACAUCUGCUUAUCUCUUUUGGUUCUAUCUCCUAGCUCAUAAACUUACUGGGCCUAAGGUAUGGCCUAUAGUGGGAAGCCUCCCAGUUCUCUUCGAGAACAGGAGACAAAUCCAUGACUGGAUCGCCAGUAAUCUCCGGGAAAUUGGUGCUGCAUCAACUUACCAAACGUGUACUAUAGCUCUUCCUUUCCUGGCUCGCAGGCAAGGAUUCUACACAGUUACUUGCCAUCCCAAGAACUUGGAGCAUAUUCUUCGAACGCGGUUUGAUAAUUAUCCUAAGGGCCCUCACUGGCAAACUGCGUUCCAUGAUCUUUUGGGACAAGGGAUCUUUAAUAGUGAUGGAGAUACAUGGCUUAUACAGCGGAAAACUGCAGCUCUAGAGUUCACUACAAGGACUUUGAGACAAGCCAUGGCUCGGUGGGUGAACAGGACAAUCAAGAAUCGUCUGUGGAGCAUUUUAGAUAAAGCAGCUACUGAGAAACUCUCAGUGGACUUGCAAGACUUGCUGCUCCGGUUAACCUUCGAUAACAUAUGUGGACUUACCUUUGGGAAAGAUCCUCAAACCCUCUCUCCAGAAUUGCCUGAAAACCCAUUCGCUAUUGCAUUUGAUACAGCCACUGAAGCUACCCUUCAACGGCUUCUUUACCCUGGUUUCUUAUGGAGAGUUGAGAAGAUCUUAGGAAUUGGAGCAGAGAAGAGACUAAAGAUGAGCCUCAAAGUUGUCGAGAACUACAUGGACGAUGCAAUAGCAGCACGCAAAGAAAAUCCAUCGGAUGACCUGUUAUCUCGAUUCAUGAAGAAAAGAGAUGUUGAUGGUAAUCUCUUUCCAAUCUCCGUUCUCCAACGAAUCGCUCUAAACUUCGUACUUGCCGGCCGCGACACCUCCUCAGUUGCUCUUAGUUGGUUCUUCUGGCUAGUCAUGAACCACCCAGAAGUUGAAGCAAAGAUUGUCAAGGAAAUAUCAACAGUACUUGAAGAAACGCGUGGAAAUGAUCAUCAGAAAUGGCUAGAGGAGCCUCUAGACUUUGAUGAAGCCGAUAAAUUGGUCUAUCUUAAAGCAGCAUUAGCCGAAACACUGCGUCUAUACCCUUCAGUCCCUCAGGAUUUCAAAUAUGUUGUAGCAGAUGACGUUUUGCCGGACGGCACAUUCGUGCCCGCAGGUUCAACCGUUACAUAUUCUAUAUAUUCUGUAGGGAGAAUGAAGAGCAUAUGGGGUGAGGAUUGUAUGGAAUUCAAGCCGGAGCGGUGGGUGUCACCGGAAGGGAACCGAUUUGAACCUCCUAAAGAUGGCUACAAGUUUGUGGCUUUUAAUGCUGGACCCAGAACUUGUUUAGGGAAGGACUUGGCUUACCUGCAAAUGAAAUCUGUGGCUUCAGCGGUGCUAUUGCGUUACCGGUUAUGUCUGGUUCCCGGUCACCUUGUGCAGCAGAAGAUGUCUCUUACGUUGUUCAUGAAGAAUGGGCUUCGUGUAUUCUUGCAUCCUCGUACGUUGGCAUAGUAGGGGUGUUUUCUGGGCUUCUCUCUCUGUCUCUCUCAAUCAACAGUGCAUUAAUUGGUGGGUUAACAGGAGACAGGGGUGAUUUGGUCAUUCAGUCAUACAUCUUCUUCCUCUCUUGGUGUUGAAGGGCAUAUAGGUUGCAUGAAUUGCUUUGAUUUCAAAUGUUCAAAUUUGUUGGGUUGGGUUGGGUUAAUUUGAGUGCAGGUGCUCUUCUACAUUGAUUGGUGGCAUACUCCAUAUCAACUAAAUUAAUCAUUCAUUAAUCCUGACCUAAAAGGUCCACGAAAGCAGUAUUUGAAAUGGCAAAUUAUUCAUAUAUUGUGGAUACAAUACAAUAUUAAGAACUUGCUUGCAAAUGAACAGUUAUCUAAUGAAAUGGCCUCUUUUCUAAUC